AAAAAAGCUGUAGUUUAUAAUAUAGAAAAGUCUACACAAAACUGGAUAAAAAAGUUUGAAGAAUUUUGCACCAAGUAUAAUUAUAUUAUACCAUCUGAAUCAAUCAAAGAUCCUCAUCUUAUUGAGCAACAAAUAUAUGAAUAUGUUGCACAAAUAACAAAGAAAGUUGGUGGUGAAUACAAGAUCACAACAAUUAAGCAGGCAAUUGAUGAAAUUAAUAGAUAUUUUAGUAAAAAUGGUGCAAUUCGUAGAUUUAAUUUACAUAACAAAUAUCAAUUCCUGAAUUUACAUGAUAUUUUAAAUGGUAAAAUAAAAGAUUUACAAGAGAAAGGUUUAGGUAAAAAAGAAGGAUCAAUAGCAUUAACUGUCUAA